AUGGCUGGAAAAUUCGAACCCAAGGCGCCUGUCCAGCUCAACCCUCCCAAGGACGACCCUAUCACGGUGGAGGAGCUAUCCAAGUGCAAUGGCGUUGACAGCGACAAGGUCUAUGUCGCCAUCAAGGGCAAGGUCUAUGAUGUGACUGGCAACCAAUCGUACAUGCCUGGCAAGGCCUACCACGUGUUCACUGGCAAGGAUGCGUCCCGCGCCCUCGGCAUGACCUCUACCAAGCCCGAGGACGUUGUUGCCGACUGGUCGACUCUGAGCGAAAAGGAAAAGGGCGUUCUCGACGACUGGGUUACCUUCUUCUCCAAGCGCUACAAUAUCGUCGGCGUUGUCGCCGGUGCUACGAAUAUGGACUAG